AUGUCGCAGCCGAAGAUCUCGUUGACGUACUUCAACAUUGAGGCGGCAGCUGAGAAAGUUCGCCUUGCGCUGGUAAUGACCGGCACGGAGUUUGAGGACAAGCGCGUGAACUUCGAGGAAUGGGGGGCCAUGAAAGCCAGCACGCCCUAUGGUCAACUGCCAGUCAUGACAGUCACAUAUCCGGACGGUGCAGUCAAGAGCUUCGCCCAGAGUGUGGCCAUGAUGCGCUGGGUGGCCCGCAAGUUUGACACAACAGACACUCUGUACCCGGCUGAUGCCGAUAAGAUGCUGGAGAUCGAGGAGGUCAUUGGUUUGUCUGAUGACAUGACUAAAGCCUGGCAGCCAGCCCUGUACAUGGGAAUGGGCCGUCACGCGAACUACGGACAUCCGCAGGAAUGGCCGGAGGCGAAGGACUGCGUCAAGAAGCUCCGCGAGACUUUUAUCGCAGAGCACUUGCCAAAGUUUAUGGGCUUCUUCUCUCAGAAGCUUGAAGCCACUGGUGCAUUCUUCUGCGGAGACAAGCCAACAAUUGCAGACUUGCAGAUUUUGGCUCAGCUCCGAUACUUUACCAAAGGUGUCGCUGAUCAUGUCCCGGCAGACUGCUUGACUCCAUACCCAGCCGUGACCAGCUGGAUGGACCGGAUGCAUGCUGUUCCGCAGAUCAAGGCUUGGUACCAGCUUUGA